AUGAGCAAGGUCGCGCCGUCGUCGUCCGCGGAAGGGCCGGAGCAGAUCACCUUCGCGGAGGACGGCAGCAGCAAAAAGAAGAGCGGCGUGCGGCGGCCGGUCUUCGCGGAGCUGCUCUCCUGCGAGGCCGAGGCGACACCGAAGCCGGGCCGCGUGCACCUGCUCGUGAACCCCUUCUCGGGCCGCAAGCGCGGCAAGAAGGUCGGCGCCGCCGCGCGGAAGCUGCUGGAGGCCGCCGGCGUCGAGGUCGAGCUGCAUCCGUCCGAGCGCGCGGGACACCUCGUCGAGCUUUCGAAAGCUCUGGAGCUGCGACCGACGGACGCCUUGGCCGUCGUCGGCGGCGACGGCACGCUGAGCGAGGUGAUCACGGGCCGCAUGCGCGCGGGCGGCGACCUGCCGCGCGUCGGCGUCAUCCCCGCGGGGACCGGCAACGCGCAAGCCACGGAGCUGGGCAUCUUGAACGUCGAAGAGGCCGUCAGGCGCAUCGUCGCGGGCCGCGUGAUUCGCAUCGACCUCGCCGAGGUCGACCUGCGGAGCGGCACGGCGAAGCGGCCCGGCGAUGCGCUCCGGUGGUACUCGCACAACCUCGUGACCUGGGGUCUGGGCGUCGACUCGGUGGUCUUGGCGGAGCGCAUGCGCUGGUUGGGUCCGGCGCGCUACGACGUCGGCAUCGUGAUUAAAAUUUUGGCCAACGUGAGAAGACGCGCGACGCUGACCGUCGACGGCCACGCCAUGGAGGACGACUACACGCUGUUCUUGAUCCAGAACACGCAAACCGGCGGCGCGGGCCUGCGCCUCGCGCCGGGCGCGUCCCUCGACGACGGCGUCAUGGAUUUGGGGAUCUUGCGGCGCAUGAAGACGGGCGCGCUCAUCAACGCCUUCGGCAUGCUCAAGCAGGAGGGGCGCCACGUCUUCCACCCGAGCGUCGGGUCGCACCGGUUCAAGGAGCUCGCCAUCGACACGCCCGCGCCCACGGCCAUCAACAUCGACGGCGAGCUCGCGGGCGUCACGCCCCUGAAGAUGCGCGUCCUCGAGCGCGUCCUCCCGCUCUUCGCGGCGUAA